AUGUUCGCCAUUCUUUUGCACCACGCAAUCCGUUUCGAAUAUGGAGGAUGGCGUGUUUGGGUUGACACCUUGGCCAUAGCGCAUUCGAAGGUGAGCUGGGAACGAUUCCGCAGGCAACAGCAAAAAGAUGUUACGGCCAGUCCUGCUACCACAACAAUCACCAAGGAAAGCAUAACGGAUAAGAAAGAUGCGGGAGACAAUAAUACUCAAACCGCUUCUACCACGGACGAAAUGCCGACGCCAAUAUACCGAACACCCGAGUUCUGUUGGUCGACAGUCCACUUGCGACUUCUCGGAGACCUGUUGAGUGGCAUCGAGGCAACGGUUGAAGAAUGGAAAGCGUAA